CCGCCUGGUGCCGAAAAAAUAGCAAAACACAAUCUGUAAUCUCCACCAAAAAACAACCAACAGAAAGAAAAACCAGUGCUUUUGUGCUAAGAAAGUCAAGAGUAUAGUAAAUACACUAGCGAUACGAAAGUCCAAAAAACCAAAACAUCACUGUUUCGAUAGCUGCAGAAGAAAAAUAUCCAAGAGGAGUAGAAAAACAAAAAUCUCUACCGUUGCAAAAGAACAAAAAAGGAAAACAUAAAUUUACAUUUUUCAACAACUAUCCAAAGAACUACCCAAAAAACCUUGAAAAUGUCUGUCAUGCAAAAUUGCAAGAACUACAACACCGAUGAUGGAUUGAAUUUUCCAUGCAGAAUGCGCACCACUAUUUCUUUUUCUCCUCCCGCUCCCCACAACGUGUUUGCAGAAAGAAGAAAAUACAUCAUAGAAAAUUAACUGAACAAACUCUAUCAGAUUGAUAAGGAGACGGGCAAGGGCAAAACGAGCUCCAUCGCCGAACUGUCUCAGCAGUACGAGCAUUUGGUCCUCGACUUUUACACGUGCUGGUGCACCAAAUGCCCGGAUACCGCGAAGGAACUCGAGGGUUUGGCAACCAUAUGGAUUGCAAAAAUGUCUGGGUCUGCAAGAUUGUAACUUGUCAUGCUAAAUCCGAAUCAUGCAAAAAUCUGUGUUGUAUGAGUGCCAAAAGCUGUCCACUUUCAACCAAGUUGGGAGGAAGUUUCUCAUGCAGGAUCGAUAGGCAUGAGAGAGAUCCUUUCCAUCUACGACGCCGGGUGUUCCUUCCAUUCCAAAUCUGUCUGGCAUGACAGCAAAAACCUGUCAUGCGCAAAUAGUACGUGAAAACGCCCCUUAAGGGACCCUACUAUGCAUCCCAAGCAUGACAGACGCAAUCAUCUUGCAUGUUGCGCAUCACAAAUUUACACUAUACAACGUUUUUUUCUUGGAUACCCGCGGCUCGAACGGGGCCGCCUUGAUCUCCAUCGGCAACCCCUUGGCGUUCCAGUUGAUCGCCUCGUAGAAGUAUCAAAUGUAAAAAUGUCUGGGUCUGGAAGAAUGCAACUUGUGAUGCUGCAUUUGAAUUCCAAAAAAAUCUGUAUUGCAUGAGUACCAAAGAAAAUGCAACUUUUGCUACGCUGACACGGCAUUUGUCAUGCGGGAUACGCAUCAAGAAGCCCUCAAAAAAUCUGUAUUGCUAGGGUAUGCAUCACAGACAUCAUGGCUCAUGCAAAACGUGCAUGAAAAGUGUCAGAAUCUUCCAGACCCAGACAUUUUUACAGUUGAUAAGAAGUGGCCCCGCUGCGCCUGCACGCCCGAGUACAGGCCGGUGGGACUGCGGGUCAGGUGCGCGAUCACGUUCGGCACCGCGUUUUUCAGAGCCCAGUAUGAUAUGUAAAAACGCCCCCACCCCAUAGUCAAGUUGGGAACUUAGCAACACAAAUCCAGAAGUUUUGGGAGCCACGCAUGACAAGCUGCAGUCCGUAGUGUAGUGCAUGUUAGCAAGGAAAACCGCAUCACAAAUCCAUCUGCUUAUCCUGUUUGCUGCAUUACAAAUUCCAGAACUCGAUUGAAAAUGCCCCUCAUGGAGAUGCGCAUUACAAAUCUUUCUGUAAUCGCAAAUCUGCAUGACAGCUAUGGGGUGGGGAUGUUUUUACUCAGGAUACCCAGUACCGCAUGUUCGCAUCCGGGUUGUAGCACUUCUUCCCGUCGUGCACCAUGGGCAUGUAUCAAAUGCAAAUAUGUCUGGGUCUGGAAACUUGUGAUGCAAACCAGGGAAUACCGGGCGCACUGCCACUGUCAUACGUGGCCAAGCAUGACACGUUUUUGAGCUGCUAUGUGUAGCGUAUUCCGCAUGGCAGACUGCGCUUUUCCAUCACAGACAAAGCGAUCUUUUUGCAUCUACGCAUGACAGAGUUCCGAGACAUGUCAGACAAGCAUGACAAGUCUGGCAAUCUUCCAGAGGACCCGGACAAAUUUCCAUCUACGACGCCGGGUGUUCCUUCCAGGGCUGCGAGCAGUUCGAUUCCUUCUUCGGGUCGAGGGGAAUCGCGAGAGCCGGGUAGUACA